AUCAUGAAAGAUACUUAUUCUGACUACUUAUCGACCUUGGAACACAAACAUAGUUCACCAGCACUUCGAAAGAAAAAAAGACAAGAUGGUUCAACAUCCUCUGAUUAUUGUGAUGCUUCUCUUUACCCUGAGUGCAUGUCAUUCAGCGUCUGAUCUUUGCCAGGACUCAAAAGACUGUCAGGCUUCCUUUAAACCACUGGGAUGCUUCAAAGACAAAAGCCACGAACGAGCUCUACCUCAUUACAUCUAUAAUGAACGCGACGACUCCAUAGCCAAUUAUGGCGGGCAAAAGAUCGACUGGAAUGACUGGGAAAACUAUCUGCCAGGGUUCGUCUGCCGCUGUGCCAAGAAAGCAAAAGAUCUGGGUUAUGACUUGUUUGGAGUGCAGUUCUUUGGUGAAUGUUACGCUGGAAGCAGCUCGUCGGAUAAAUAUGACAGUUAUGGCCCAGGACGGUGCAAAGAUUGCGUUGGGACGGACAUGAACGACUGCAAUGGGAGAAAGUUUUGUGCAGGGAAGGAAUGGCGUAACAUGGUGUACAAGAUUGUCGAUUUAUGCAGUGUCCGCUUUGAGCGAAUCGGCUGCUUUCAUGAUAACAAAGAAGCUCCACGCCUCCUGCCAUCAUACUUGUUAAAUGACAGAGAUGAGAAUUUGCCCAACUUCAGCGGUCAGCUGAUUGACUGGGAAAACUGGUACGAGUAUCUUCCUGAUCUUGCUUGCCGCUGCGCAGAGAAGGCGAAGGAAAAAGGCUGGAAACUGUUUGGAAUUCAGUUUUGGGGUGAAUGCUGGGGUGGUCCUGAUGAUUCAGCGUUCUAUGUUGAAGGGCAUGCUCAACCUAGUGGAUGUGCAGACCAGUGCUCUAAUGACUGCGCCUGCUCGAAAAGAUUUUGUGCAGGAAAGACAUUUACCAAUGCUGUAUAUGCCAUCACGGAACACAUUGAUGAAGGAAGCGCUAUGGCUUUGGGUGGCUACGUUUGGGGGUAGCUUAUCGCAGAGACCAAAGAACCCAACCAACUCAGAAGGAUUGAACAAGAAUUGUAGAUUAAAUGAAACUCAGUGAACACGAAACGUAGGAUAAAUAAGAAUA